AUGGCUGAAGACAUGGAAGCCAUGGAACAGAGUCCAAAGAUCCUUGCAAUGACGGGCUUGUUGCGGAUGAUCAUCAACGCGGUAAAUGCACCGGAGAAAGCUAAGAUUAUGGAGAAGCCGAAAGCACAAAAGAUGGAUGGAAGGCCUUUAAAUAGUAUAGUCAGAAUUGCUGCUUCGUUUAUGUAUUCAUGGGGAACUUGGAUGAAAAGAGUGGCCGUUGCCAAACAAACACACAAUAUGAACUCUAGUAUUGUAGUGAACUGGAUCGGUGGCGGGCUUGAUAAUACCACCAGCGGAGUGAUGAGAACUGCGUUCACCGCCAUAUCCUUCUGCGCAUGUCGUUGA